GGGGUGGAGGACACCGGCUACAGCCCUGCCUCCUCCCUGCAUGCGAACACACAGCAGAGUAGACGCACGGCAGGCAGGAAAGAAGACCAUAACAGGGGCAACAAAGGGACGCUGGUUCAUUUAAGGCAUCAGAUGAAUACAUGAUUCGUUGAGACCACUUCUGUUUACAGAAUCUGCAUCUGUCCUCACCUCAAAGGGCGUAAUAGCACUGCACAGUCAUGGAGCUGGAGCACUUUGAUGAGCGGGACAAGGCUCAGCGAUAUACCCGAAGGGGCUCAAGAGGGAAUGGGCUCCCCAGUCCCACUCAUAGUGCUCACUGCAGCCUGUACAGAACCAGGACCCUGCAAGCACUCAUCUCGGAAAAGAAGGCCAAGAAGAUUCGUUUCUACCGCAAUGGGGACCGCUAUUUCAAAGGGAUUGUGUAUGCCAUUUCUCAGGAGAGAUUUAGGUCUAUCGAAGCACUCCUGGCUGACCUCACAAGAUCUCUGUCAGAUAAUGUCAACUUGCCACAAGGGGUGCGGACCAUAUAUACCAUUGAUGGGGCAUCGAAGAUCACCUCCAUGGACCAGCUGGUGGAAGGGGAGAGCUAUGUUUGUGCAUCCAUAGAGCCCUUCAAGAUGCUAGACUACACAAAGAAUGUAAAUCCCAACUGGGCAGUCGGUGCUAGGACUGCUGCAGCCCUCCGUGACCCUUCUUCCCUUGGUAGCGCCAAGACUGGAGCCCCAGAAACCAGGGAGGGCAAGGACUUUAUUAAGCCCAAACUGGUAACCAUUGUCCGCAGUGGAGUAAAGCCUCGUAAGGCCGUACGGAUCUUGCUCAACAAGAAGACUGCACACUCCUUUGAGCAAGUCAUGACUGACGUCACAGACGCCAUCAAGCUGGACUCUGGAGUUGUCAAAAGGCUAUAUACUGUUGACGGCAAGAUGGUUACAUGCCUUCAGGACUUUUUUGGGGAAGAUGAUAUAUUCUUUGCCUGUGGGCCUGAGAAGUUCCGUUAUCAGGAUGAUUUCAACUUGGAUGAAAGUGAGUGCAGGGUGGCAAAGUCUCCAUCAUAUGGCCGCCUCCCCUCCAUUCAGGGUCUCUCUUCCCCAAGAGGUGGUGGGAUGUCCCGCAGGAGUAAAUCUCCUUCAUCCACUGGUUCGGCUAAUGGCACUGCAGGCAGUCAGCUGUCCACACCUCGAUCUGGAAAGUCUCCAAAAUCCUCUCCAACCAGUCCAGCUAGCCUCCGAAGACGACGGGGAUCUCAACACAGUGGCUCUUCACUCUCUUUAGCUUCUACCAAGGUUUGCAGUUCAAUGGACGAAGGGGAUGGGCCUGGCAGUGAGGCUGAGCCAUUGGAUGAGUACCCCUCCGUACCUUCUUCCAUAGCAGAGAGAUACAAAGUGGGGAGGACUUUAGGGGACGGAAACUUUGCUGUGGUGCGAGAGUGUGUGGAGAGAUCCACUGGAAGAGAGUAUGCUCUGAAGAUCAUCAACACCGAUAAAUGCAGGGGAAAGGAGCACAUGAUCCAGAGUGAAGUGUCAAUCCUUCGGCGCGUGAAACAUCCCAACAUCGUACUUUUAAUUGAGGAAUUGGACACCUGUAGUGAGCUCUUUCUUGUAAUGGAGUUGGUUAAGGGGGGCGAUCUUUUUGAUGCAAUCACCUCCUCAAACAAAUACACCGAGCGCGACGCCAGCUGUAUGCUGUUCAAUCUGGCAAGUGCCAUCAAGUACCUGCACAGCCUCAAUAUUGUCCACAGAGACAUAAAACCAGAAAACCUGUUGGUGUUUGAACACCACGAUGGUAGUAAGUCUCUGAAGCUAGGUGAUUUUGGCUUGGCUACGGUCGUCAACGGGCCCCUCUAUACUGUGUGUGGCACGCCCACCUAUGUAGCACCAGAGAUCGUUGCUGAGACCGGGUAUGGCCUCAAGGUUGACAUUUGGGCAGCUGGUGUCAUCACUUACAUACUGCUGUGUGGCUUUCCUCCGUUCCGUGGCAGUGGUGAAGAUCAGGAGGCUCUCUUUGAACAGCUUUUGAGGGGCCAGCUUGAUUUCCCUGCACCUCACUGGGACCAUGUGUCUGCCACUGCCAAGGCUUUGAUCGCUGGGAUGCUGCAGGUAGAGGUGGAUCAGAGAUACACGGCUGUACAGGUGCUCGAUCACCGCUGGGUCAAUGAUGAUGGUGUCUCGGAGAACGAGUACCAGCUGCCUGUGGCUGGGAAGAUCAAGAAGCACUUCAACACCGGGCCCAAACUCAACAGCACCACAGCAGGAGUGUCAGUCAUUACAAACAGACCUGCUGGACUCAGUUGGGGAAAUGCAUCAGCUGGUGCUUGGGUCAUGCAGUCAGUCAUGAUGGUGCACAGUUAAUUUGCUUAAGAAAGAGGCUUCUGUUUUGAACCGGACUGUAAAUGCCCAGGGGGAUUUGGCCUGUGGCUGUGAAGUGCAGCUUGAAUGUUCCGACUCUCUAACCUCUCUUGACUGCCAGGGUCACAUGAUGACGUCAGGCCUAUAGCCUCAGAGCGAACACUGUCGCCUCAGCGCCGCCGACCCGGCACCCAUUAUACGAACAAUGUACAAACGUUAAGGAAAACCGGCCAGCACACACGUCUGCCCGCUGUUGUGCUAAAAUAAGUGCACUAGCAGAGGACAACCCUGGCAAUUUGGUUUCUAUGGCAACUGCAGGCUCUAAGGAAAAGGAUGGUGGAUAUUGCACUAACUAAACUGCAUGUGACAAGUAUACUCGGAGAGUACAAUACUUAUAGUACACACAAGCUCACUCAAUGAUUCUGUAAAGCCGUGUUGUGUGCAUGAUUAUAUAGCUCCAACACACUUGUUUUGCCUCAGAGUUCAAAAGAUCUUUGCUUCUUUGAUCUAUAUCUCCCUUGUUAUUGGUAUAAAUUUAUUAAGAUAAAUAAAUAAGGUACAAUGUCUAUUUCCUGAAUUCACCUCAUCCAAGGACCUUAUUAUUAUUACUAUUAUUACCUCGGUGUGUUUGUGCAUGUUGCUUUAAUGUGACUUACACCUACGAUACCAAGACACAUCCCUCGUGUGUGUAAACAUAUUUGGCAAUAAAGCUUUUCUGAUUCUGAUUAAAGCAGUAAAUGUACCUAUAUAUCGGGUUCUCAAAGUUUUGGUGUCUGAGUGCCAAUAUGCUGUUAGUCAUAAUAAAUUAUGGCAUACUAUACUAUAAAUGUUUUGUGACAAACUAUGACUUUUGUCAUGACCUACUAUUAUGAUUUAAUGUAAUGUUUUGUGACACUUAUUUGGAUAACAUGCUAUAUUUCUUAUGACAUACUAUACCAGGGAUUUUCAAGUUCUGAUAACUUUCUUGCCAAUAUGGAGAGCCAGCAUAUGACUGAGGGCCACAUAGGAAAAGUGCACACAAAACAAAAUAGCUUUUUCAUCUCACUUCUACAUUAAACUACCAAGUCGUCCACUGAAAUUGCUAACUUCAGCUAACAGCACUAACAUUAAUGACAAAGUAAUUCCUGCAACACUUGUGAGGGGUCACUAGUUGCCAUGCAACCAGUAGCUUUCUACAAGUUGUUAAGCCUAACCUGACAGACGCAUAUUAGGGGGGCACUAUCUCCACAGCGCUGUGGCAGCACUGGAGUCUGGCUACACCGCUUAUCAUUCUGGGAUAGAGGGGAAAAUGCUCUGGAUUGUUUGCAUUUCUUUAAACCAAUCACAAUCGCCUUGGGUGGUGCUAAGCUCCGGAUGCUGCGACGGUGUAUUAAAUGUACUGUAAGCUAUUGAAAGUGAAAGUAUUAAAAAAGGACUGCGGAUGAUUAAAGUAUAAUGCAUAGAUUUGAUGUCACCUUCAGGGGCUGCACAAAACGUUUCUGAAGGCCACUGGCUUGGACACUUUGAGAAACUAUGCUGUAUAAUGAUGACAGUUAAUUAGGUUGGCUUUCUGUGGCCUCAUAAUUGCUGCCAUACAACUGCCCGCUCUGACCUUUGAUCGUGUGAUAGGUCCAUGGCUCGGAUGCCAGCAUCACAGCCAGGGUAGACGUAGAG